UGCUGAUUCAACCUCUUUUUUUUAUAUCUAAUUUUAUGUCCAUCGAGAGUGAGAACUCUCUGUAGGACAGUACGGACUAGGUUUUGGAGCCCCGUGUUCCGUGCUCUCUUUCAAGUCCCCAAAUGCAAUAUAAUCGUUGCCUUCAAAACAAAUCUAGGGAAUACACAAUCGUCACUUCUACCAUGUGCUGUCGGUUUCCCCCCGGGUGCAAGUAGAACCGUCAAGGAUAAGAGAUGAUAAGCCCCUUGGAAGAGCUCAUCGCAUUCGCCAAAGCAUGCGCUUUCCGGCACAUGUGGUCCGUUGAAGGCAUAAGGUGAAGGCCGUAACUCUCGCGAUUGUCAAUGCUUGGUAAAUAUAGCUCUGAAGAGGGGCUAUAAAGCUAGGACGUGCGAGACCACAUAAACCUGUCAAUUAAUUCUUGUAUAGUGGUAUCAGCAUGCCUGCAACAACAUCGGUCACACUCAACACUGGAGCAGUCAUGCCCACGGUCGGCCUUGGCACAUGGAAGUCCAAGCCCGGCCAAGUCGAACAUGCUGUUGAAUUCGCCUUGAAGAACGGAUACAAGCAUAUUGACACUGCCGCUGGAUACCAGAAUGAAACAGAAGUAGGACAGGGGAUCAAGGCGUCUGGUCUGCCAAGGGAACAGAUCUUCUUGACUACAAAGCUUGAUAACCCCGACCAGAGACAUCCUGCCAAAGCUCUUGAGGCAUCGCUCGAGAAACUUGAUACUCCUUAUCUGGACCUCUGGCUCAUGCAUUGGCCAGCUCCCAUGACAAGAGAUGGCCAAGCAGAUAAGGAACACGACUGGUUGGACACCUGGAAAGUUAUGGAAAGCCUAUACCUUGCUCACCCAGAUAAAUUGAAGGCUAUUGGUGUCUCCAAUUUCUCCGUGGAGUACCUUGAACGCUUAUUGAAAGUUGCCCGCGUCGUACCGGCCGUGAACCAGAUUGAGCUCCACCCUUCGUGUCCUCAAGAUGACGUCGUCGAAUACUGCCAGAACAACGGGAUUGUGUUGACAGCUUAUUCUCCAUUGGGAUCCGAUAAUUCCCCCUUGUUGAAAAAUGAGACUGUGACGAAAAUAGCAGCCAAGUACAGUGUGCAACCCGCCAACGUGUUGAUAUCCUUCCACGCAAACAAGCCCAUGCGCACUGUGCUUCCCAAGUCUGUGACCAACGAGCGCAUCUUGAACAACGCGAAGAUCAUAGAUUUGACCCCUGAAGAAAUUGGCGAGCUUCAUGACAUUGACAAAACGCACCAUUUCCGUGCUUGUCAUCCUUCUUGGACAGGUUUCGGCAGUCUCGGAUUCCCUGAUUGCAAGUAGAAGUAUAGACGUAGGGGUGGAUUCAACGUGUCCGCUAGACCCCGAUCUUAGUCAGUUAUUGUGUAAAUAAAGGUAUUGCUUCUUUGUGGACUCCGAUAUUUGCGAGCUAAGCAGCUACAUCUAACGUUACUGUUGAG